AUGGAUCCCGCAAAAAUGGCCAUGCUGCCUCACAGCAGGAAACGCGUCUGCUACUAUUACGACAGUGAUAUCGGAAAUUAUUAUUAUGGCCAAGGACACCCUAUGAAACCACAUCGGAUACGAAUGACACACAAUUUACUCCUAAAUUAUGGUCUUUAUAGGAAGAUGGAAAUAUAUCGGCCUCAUAAAGCUACAGCGGAUGAAAUGACAAAGUUCCAUAGCGACGAGUACAUUAGAUUCCUGAGAUCCAUAAGACCAGAUAACAUGUCGGAGUACAAUAAACAGAUGCAACGAUUCAAUGUAGGAGAAGAUUGCCCGGUUUUCGAUGGCUUGUACGAGUUUUGUCAAUUAUCAGCCGGUGGGUCUGUAGCUGCUGCUGUAAAGCUUAACAAGCAAGCUUCGGAAAUCUGUAUCAAUUGGGGUGGUGGCUUGCACCACGCUAAAAAAAGCGAAGCAUCAGGAUUCUGUUACGUAAACGACAUUGUACUGGGGAUCCUGGAAUUGUUGAAAUAUCAUCAGAGAGUUUUAUACAUUGAUAUCGAUGUCCAUCACGGCGAUGGUGUAGAAGAAGCUUUUUAUACGACAGAUCGAGUGAUGACCGUCUCGUUUCACAAGUAUGGCGAAUACUUCCCUGGCACUGGAGAUCUGCGGGACAUGGGUGCAGGAAAGGGAAAGUAUUAUGCUGUUAACAUACCUUUGAGAGAUGGUAUGGACGAUGAAAGUUACGAGUCAAUAUUUGUCCCCAUUAUUUCAAAAGUGAUGGAGACUUUCCAACCCUCUGCUGUUGUCUUGCAAUGUGGUGCUGAUUCAUUAACGGGCGAUCGUUUGGGUUGCUUCAACUUGACUGUAAGGGGUCACGGAAAAUGUGUGGAAUUUGUGAAAAAGUACAAUUUGCCUUUCUUGAUGGUUGGUGGUGGUGGAUACACGAUUAGAAACGUGUCCAGAUGUUGGACGUACGAGACGUCCGUAGCUCUGGGAUGUGAAAUUGCAAAUGAACUUCCAUAUAACGAUUAUUUUGAAUAUUUCGGUCCUGAUUUUAAACUGCAUAUCAGCCCUUCGAACAUGGCGAAUCAAAAUACUCCCGAAUAUCUCGAGAAAAUAAAAACGAGACUGUUUGAAAAUCUAAGAAUGCUACCUCAUGCACCUGGUGUACAAGUUCAGGCAAUCCCAGAGGACGGCGCGGUUAUCGAAGAUUCGGAAGCCGAAGAGAAGAUAAAUCCGGACGAAAGAUUGCCGCAGCGCGAUUUGGAUAAAAGAAUACAACAUGAGAACGAGUACAGCGACAGCGAAGAUGAAGGAGAAAGUGGACGAAGGGAUAAUAGAUCGUACAAGGGAUCAAGAAAGCGACCACGUUUAGAAAAAGGGCAGGAGGCUAUGGAUAUUGAUAUAAAGAAAGAAGACGAUAUCAAGUCCGAGCCAAAAGAUAAUGAAAAAGACGAGAAAACGAAUCCUACAAAUGAGGACUCGAAGAAGGACAGUGGGGCGAAUCCCUGAUAAAUAGCUGUCUCCGAAGGUCGCCUGAAUAAAUGGAAAAA